AUGAGUCGGCGUCUUCUACGUAUUGAUGCCGAUGUCAACCAACUGAAGGGAGUUCUUCUGUCAGCUCCUUCCCCUGGCCCAAAUGAUGAUGAUGAUCAAAAAGCGGGAGAAACUGAUUCUGUUGAGCUAGGAUCUGAAGAGAACAUUUUAAACCAGAUCGAGCCACCACAGCCUAUGCACGACUCUGAGAGACCAAUAGAAACUGAAAAGCUUACUGAAGAUAGUGAGCAUGAUCAUGAUGAUGAGUGUCAGAUGCUAGAUAUGAACUUCAUUGAUCCCACUGUGCCAGUUCAAGGAGAAGACUCAGAUGAUGAUGAAGAUGAACAUGAUGAUGAGUGUCAGAUGCUAGACAUGAACUUCAUUGACCCCACUGUGAUAGUUCAAGGAGAAGAAUCAGAUAUAAUGCAGGGUCGAGGUCGUAGAAAUCAACCUAUGAGUUAUCUCAAUUUCCUGGGGUACUCUUUCUCGAAUGUUGUAGCUCCCGAAGUGAUGGUUUAA